GAUGGACCUGCGCAUGCGCCCUGUCAGAGGAGAGGAAUAGUGGCUCGGUUAGCAUCCAGAGCUAGCGAACUGGGCUGGUGAACGUGGUUGUGGUGGAAGGCGUCCUGUGCACGGAAGGCAGAAAGAUAUCGGCGACUUCAAAUAUCCCCAGCUAAUCCUCGAGCUAACCAUUAUCCCUCCAUGCCGUCCGGGGAAGGAAGAUAACGUUAAUAACCCUGCACUGCCACCUCAAUUAGCCACGGUGCAAGACAGAUAAGGGAAACUGCGUUUUGCGUGAAGGGUCUUCUUUUUUCUGGCAGAAUCAGUUUUCUCUGUUGAAUAUUAAGAACAUAUCCACAGCCUCGACUAACGUUACUUCUUGUAAGAAUGAGGUUGCCGAGUAAGAGACAAUGUGCGAUGGAAGGAGAUGGAAAGAAGAUGGACCAAGCUCCUCCGUUCCGAAACCCUUUUGUGCACGUCUUGAAAUUCACCCCUCUGGAAAAGGCAAAGAUUGCAUUAAUGACAGUCACACUAUUCCCCAUCCGUCUACUCAUAGCUGCAUUCAUGAUGCUGCUGGCUUGGCCUUUUGCCUUCCUGGCUUCAGUAGGACGCUCUGAGACUGCCAUCGAACCCCAGUGCCUCUGGAGGAAACUGGUGGACAUAAUUCUGAAGAUCAUCAUGCGGGCCAUGUGGUUUGCGGGAGGUUUCCAUUGGAUGACUGUGAAAGGACAAAGGGCAUUGCCUGCAGAAGCACCCAUCCUUACCCUUGCACCCCACUCUUCUUACUUUGAUGCCAUCCCAGUCACCAUGACAAUGGCCUCAAUUGUCAUGAAGGCCGAGAGCAAGGAUAUACCUCUCUGGGGCACUUUAAUUAAGUACAUCAGGCCAGUGUUUGUAUCACGGUCAGACCAGGACUCCAGAAAGAAAACUGUGGAGGAAAUCAGACGCAGAGCCCACUCUGGAGGCGAAUGGCCUCAGAUAAUGAUUUUUCCAGAGGGAACAUGCACAAAUAGAUCCUGCUUAAUCACCUUUAAGCCAGGGGCCUUCAUCCCAGCUGUACCAGUGCAGCCUGUGGUGAUACGUUACCCUAAAAAACUGGACACAAUCACAUGGACAUGGCAAGGACCUGGAGCGUUUGAAAUCUUGUGGCUGACGCUCUGCCAGUUGCACAACGAGUUUGUGAUUGAGUUCCUUCCUAUCUACACACCUUCAGAGGAGGAAAAAAAGAACCCCGAUCUCUUUGCUAUCAAUGUGAGACGCGUCAUGGCUAAAGCCCUGGGGGUACCCAUCACAGACUACUCAUUUGAAGACUGCCAGCUGGCCAUGGCAGAAGGCCAGCUGAGACUGCCAGUUGACACCUGUCUGCUGGAGUUUGCCAAGCUGGUCAGGAGACUGGGGCUGAAACCGCAGAACACUGAGAAGGUUCUGCAGGAGUAUGGGAACAGAGCCAGGAAGCUGGAGGGGCAGAAGCUGGGCUUGGAUGACUUUGCUCAGUUCCUUGAUGUGCCAGUUUCAGACAUGCUGCGAGACAUGUUCGCUCUUUUUGAUGAGCAUGAGGUGAACUGCAUGGAUAUCAGAGAAUAUGUCAUAGCCUUAUCUGUCGUAUGCAGACCUGCCAAAACUCUGGAAACGAUGAAAUUGGCCUUCAAGAUGUUUGAGGCGGAGGAGGAUGGUGCCAUCACAGAGAUGGAGUUAGCAGUUAUACUAAAGACGGCUUUAGGAGUGACUCACUUAAGCGUGUCACGUCUGUUUACCGCCAUCGACACUGAAGACGCGGGGAAGAUCACAUAUGACAAGUUCAGAAGCUUUGUGGAGCAGCACCCAGACUUUGCUGAGGAGUAUCUGCACACAGAAAACGCAGGCCUCCACAGCGGUCCUUGCCACGGUCACCAAAUAAAGCCCAACCUGUCUUCCCUGAAACCGCAAGGCACUGCCACCACCAAAACGGCAAAUGGUAUCUGCCCCGACUUUAGCCCCAGCGACCACGAUGGCACAAUAGAUGGACUCCUCAAGAAACAAAACUAAAAACGGUUUAAAAUGUGGUGGAAGAAAACUAAUUCCUCUCCUGGUGAGAGGGUGUUGCGUAAGGGGCAAAGGAUUGUUAGUUACUUGUUUGUUAGUAACUUGUUUGAACAGUAAGGGACUAGAUUUCAGUAACCACAACUACAAAGUUAACCUUACUCUUUUUUUAUUACUAUUGUAUCCAUGAAAUUUUCUGAGGUUAUUUUCAGCCUGGUAACAGUUUAUUUUGUUAUAAAUUCCUUUUUUUUUUUUUCUUUUUUUUGCUUUUUUUCCUUUUUUUUUACAUUGUUUUUUCAUAGCAAGGUUCGUCAAAAUGCCAAACACUGAUUGUCUCAGAUACAAUGCUUGAAUACUUGAAGGGCAAGCACUUAUAUAAAUUCCUGAGGCAAAUGUUUAUUUUCUUUUUUUCUUUUCCCUCCAUCAUAGUACUGACUGUGCAUGUUUUUAACAAGAGGGAAGCAAGAAAAAAACAAGCCCUGGACAGUAAAGUGAACUAAUUUUUUGUGAAAUCAGUGUUUGAUUCUGUUUUUAUUUGUAAGUUUUAACUAUUUCCUUUCUUUAAUGGUAGCUGCCUUUUGAACUGAAAGUGCAGAAUGCAUGGGCUCAUGUUAUUUUGAGCAGUAUUGAGGAUUAUUUAUCUGAAGAGGGGAGGCCUGAGGGUACCAGUGACAAUUGUUUGCCCACUAGACGCGUUUAGCUUUAGUAGCCACAUUUGAGGUGAACUCAGGUCUCUGCGAGAUGAAGGUCAUAAUUGCUAUGAGCCUGUUAUAUAUACAAUGAUAUAUUUGAUUUAGCUCAGGGUUCAGUGACAAAAAUGAAAAAAUUAACUGGUAUGAUGUCAUCAUUUUUGAUGCUCACUGGGUAAUGUGCAUCUUUUUUUUUUUUUUUUUUUUCUUCUGACAUCAGUACUUUUCUGCCCAGUCAUUCCUCAUUCACAUAAACUUCACUUUUUUUUUUUCCUUUCAGGUUGGCAGAUUCAAGUGUCUUUUUUUAUUGUUUAAAUUACACAACUUGGACCAAAAAUGCAUUGGGUGAUUUAAUGUCACCAGUCACGUUUGUACUGUUCUUUUUUCGGUCAGCAGUGUAAUGGCUUUGAAGGAAAAAUUCACAGUGUGUGGCCGUUGAAAGCACAUUCAGUUUGGUUUUUUCCAAAGACAAGGUCAUACUAUUCCCCUCCCGCAUUACACUGCUAUACAUUUUUAAUCAUUCCUCCAUUUUUCACAGCAUAUUAUUCCUCAGUUGGUCUGAAAUCCCUACUGUUCCAAUAUGUUUUGAAGGAUGUAAUAAUUAAACAUUUGCCCCUUAGUUGCCUGUAAAUUAGACCUUCCUGCUAGAUUUCUGACGUGCCUCUUCUUUUUCGCUAAUAGAGGCAAGUUUUGAAAGAGGUCCAAGCACCUUUUCUUUCUAAUCACAUUUUAGGGACCAGUCUGGAAUUGAAAAAUAUCCACCUGUGGUGAUUUAUAUCUCAUUUUUAAGUUUUUGCAUAUGAUGGUAAUAUUGGCACAAACAUAUUUGUCACAAAUGUGAUUUAAUGACUUCUCAGUAAACUGACAUUCAGCCUCUGGCUAUAAAAUAUAUUCAUAAUCAUAGGCCAGGUGGGACUAUGCUUUCAAAUUGAAUUAAAAUGAAUAUUUAAGACAACAAUUUUUUUUUCUCAAAACAGGCAAAUAAUGGAGCUGUUUAAUAAUCUUGAGUGGUUGAUUUUAGGUAACAGCUACUUUAAUUCAUACUGGGAAGAAUGUUGUAUUAAGACCUAGCAGUUCUCCCCUUACAUUUUCUGAAUUGUCCAUUACUCAUUGUUCUUUCUUGACUGAUUUUAAUUCAAGAAACUUAAUCUGAAAUUACAAUCAAGUGACACUUGGACGUGUUGACAAAACUUUAACCGUUUACUUUAUUAUCGAUAACACAGUGAUACUCAUUUACCUUUAAAUCAAUUGCUAACAAUUGAUUCAUUGGCUGU